CAUUAUUGUUCCACUGGCCUUUCCCUCGGUACUAAGACCCCUGGAGCUGAGUAUGUCAACAGCUGCCUUGAUUACUUUGGCUAGAAGUGGUGGUAACCAGGUGAGAAGAGUGCUGCUCAGUUCCCGCCUGCUACAGGACGACCGGCGGGUGACACCCACGUGCCACAGUUCCACCUCAGAGCCCAGGUGUUCUCGGUUUGACCCAGACGGUAGUGGUCGUCCAGCCACCUGGGACAGUUUUGGAAUCUGGGAUAACCGCAUUGAUGAGCCAAUUCACCUGCCACCCAGCAUUAAGUAUGGCAAACCAAUUCCCAAAAUCAGCUUGGGAAACGUGGGCUGUGCCUCACAGCUUGGCAAACGGAAAGAGAAUGAAGACCGUUUUGACUUUGCUCAGUUAACCGAGGAGGUGCUAUACUUUGCAGUGUAUGAUGGACAUGGGGGACCUGCAGCCGCUGAUUUCUGUCACACCCACAUGGAGAAAUGCAUUAUGGAUUUGCUUCCUAAGGAGAAGAACUUGGAAACUCUGUUGACUAUGGCUUUUCUAGAAAUAGAUAAAGCUUUUUCGAGGCACGCCCAACUGUCUGCUGACGCAACCCUUCUGACCUCUGGGACGACUGCAACAGUAGCCCUGUUGCGAGAUGGUAUUGAACUGGUUGUAGCCAGUGUUGGGGACAGCCGGGCUAUAUUGUGUAGAAAAGGAAAACCCUUGAAGCUGACUAUUGACCAUACUCCAGAAAGGAAAGAUGAAAAAGAAAGGAUCAAGAAAUGUGGUGGCUUUGUAGCUUGGAAUAGUUUGGGACAGCCUCAUGUAAAUGGCAGACUUGCAAUGACAAGGAGUAUUGGAGAUUUGGAUCUCAAAGCCAACGGUGUGAUAGCAGAACCUGAAACAAAGAGGAUUAAGCUCCAUCAUGCUGACGACAGCUUCCUGGUCCUCACUACAGAUGGGAUUAACUUCAUGGUGAAUAGUCAAGAGAUUUGUGAUUUUGUUAAUCAGUGCCACGAUCCCAGCGAAGCAGCCCACGUGGUGACUGAACAGGCAAUACAGUAUGGUACAGAAGAUAACAGUACUGCGGUAAUCGUGCCUUUUGGUGCCUGGGGGAAAUACAAGAACUCCGAAAUCAACUUCUCCUUCAGCAGAAGCUUUGCUUCCAGUGGACGAUGGGCCUGA